UUCAUCUUCACGCGAAUAAAAAAGAAAAAGAAAAAGCCUAAACCCUCGCAAAAUCUGCAGCUGCUCCCAAUGGCGAAAAACCUCUCAACCUCCAAGAAAAAGCAAGAGGAGCUCCUCGAAACCCUAGGCGAUUUCACCUCCAAAGAGAACUGGGACAAGUUCUUCGCCGUCCGAGGAGCCGGCGACUCCUUCGAGUGGUACGCCGAAUGGCCCUCUCUUAAAGCCCCUGUCGGCAACCACCUCUCCUCCGCCGCCGAGAUCGCCGGAGCCGCGCCGAAUCUGACGGGAUUCUCCGUGCCGGGAUGCGGCAGCUCGCGCCUGUCGGAGUAUGUUUAUGAUUUAGGGUUUCGGAAUGUUACGAACAUCGAUUUCUCGAAGGUGGCGGUUUCGGAUAUGUUGAGGAGGUACGUUCGGUCCCGGCCGGAGAUGAAGUGGAGGGUUAUGGACAUGACUGAGAUGCAGUUUACAGAUGAAUUCUUUGAUGUUAUUCUUGAUAAAGGGGGUUUAGAUGCAUUGAUGGAACCGGAGCAUGGUGUAAAGCUAGGGAGCAAAUAUCUUAAAGAGGUGAAGAGGGUUCUUAAAAUGGGAGGGCGAUAUCUCUGCCUGACACUAGCUGAGUCUCAUGUUCUAGGAUUGCUUUUCUCUGAGUUUAGGUUUGGAUGGGAAACCAAUAUCCUUGCUAUAGCCCAAAAAGCUGGUGGAAAGCCUUCCUUCCAAACCUUUUUGGUUUCUAUUGUAAAAGAAAAAUUGGGUUCAAUAAAACCAGUGAUAUCAUCAUUUGAUCAUCGUUCUUUGGGUUGUAAUGAGAAGCAGAUUAAGGCUUUAGUUAAUAUUGUUGAAGAAGAGAACCAAAUCCGCACCGAUUAUUCGUCUAGUGCAGAUAUCAUGUAUUCUUUACAAGAGCUACAGCUUGGAGCCAAAGGAAAUUUAAAGGAGCUUCAGCCAGGACGUAGGUUUCAAGUGGUUCUUGGUGAACAAGGGGAAUCUCUUUAUACAUACAGAACUGUUCUUUUGGAUGCCAAACAGCAGCUUGCGCCAUUCUUGUAUCACUGUGGAGUCUUCAUAGUGCCUAAGACUCGAGCUCAUGAGUGGCUGUUUACUUCUGAAGAAGGGCAAUGGCUGGUAGUUGAAAGCUCAAAAGCAGCUCGUCUUAUCAUGGUUUUCCUGGACUCAAGGCACAGCCAUUCUAGCAUUGAAAAUAUCCAGAAGGACUUAUCUCCACUUGUAAAAGGUCUGGCUCCCGGUGAAGAGGAUGAUCGAGCUGCAAUCCCGUUCAUGAUGGCCAAUGAUGGAGUCAAGGAGCGAAACAUUGUACAUAAGGUUACAUCAACCACAACAGGACCCAUAAUCGUGGAAGACGUGAUCUAUGAAAGUGUUGAAAAUGAGAACUCUAGCCUCAUCCCAUCAGAGGUUAAGAUGUUUCGCCGCCUAACUUUUGAGAGAAGCUUGGGCUUGGUGCAAUCAGAAGCUUUGCUGACAACAGAAGAACCUAAAAACAGUCCUGAUGAUAAUGAGAGGAGGAAAAAUGAGUUAUCUUCAAAAUCUAAGAAAAAGGGGAGAAGAAAAACCGAUUCUCGCACGUCGAAUAAUGGAUCAAAAAGCAGUCUCAAGGUUGACCAUAGAUGUUUGGCGAGCACUUAUCACAGUGGAAUUGUUUCUGGAUUUUCUUUGAUAGCUCCUUCUCUGGAGAAUGCAGCUUCUUCACAGAAACAGGUUAAAACAGUUGUCAUUGGUCUUGGAGCUGGGCUUCUUCCUAUGUUUCUUCAUGGAUGCUUUCCUUUUUUGGAUAUUGAGGUGGUAGAGUUGGAUUCCUUUGUUGUAAAGCUGGCAAGGGAUUAUUUUGGGUUUACAGAGGAUCUCCAUCUGAAAGUACGUAUCGGUGAUGGUAUCAAGUAUAUUCAAGAUGCAAGUUUUUCCACCAAACCAGAGAAGGGUCAUCCUCAUGGAAACACACCAGAAUCUGAUGGAAAAAGCACGUCCUCUCUUAUUAAUGGGAAUGACUGUACCACAGUUAAAAUUCUCAUUGUUGAUGCGGAUUCAUCUGACUUGAGCGCGGGGUUGACCUGCCCACCCGCAGAUUUUGUAGAAGAAUCUUUCCUUGUAUCAGUUCGUAAAUUCCUAGCAGAAGGCGGUCUCUUUGUCAUAAAUUUAGUUUCCAGAUCUUCAUCAAUCAGAGAAAUGGUUGUGUCAAGAAUGACAGUGGUGUUUGACCGGAUCUUCUCACUCGAGCUAGAGGAAGAUGUCAAUGAGGUUCUUUUUGCAACUACUAUGGAGGUAUGCAGAGAGGGUGACAGUCUCUCUGAGGCUGCUGCUCAACUGAGGAGCCUGAUGAAGAUUUCUCUACCAGAAACACAAUUGGAGCUGCAGAAGUUGAAAUGCCUGAAGUAGAAUAAGCACGAGAGACGUGCACUUCAAACGCGCUCAUUAUCAUACUUGCUCCAAUUGUGGCUUGUUGUAUUGUAGUCGUGAAGGGUAAAGAUUUUGCACUUUGGAACUGAAGCUUUCAGCCAGGGAAACUAAAUCAGAAUUGAUGCAUUAUUCGCAUUCGUUUUGUCUGAGGAUUGAUCGACUGUGAUUUUGUUGCGAAUAUUUACAUCACAAAUUUAUGAUUCCCUGGUGAUUCUGAAAACAUUUUGAACUCUUCCACGGGAGUGUAAUAUUUGCAUUCGUGUA